CUCCUUUUCUCGCAGUGAUCAGGAGUGCUCUGUGGUGAACAUGGCAGAUGCAGAGUAAGGUUCAGGCUGCUGCCGCCGCCUCACUCUACAACUUGUUGGCUGCCCCGCAAUUUCCCCUGUCGCGGGCUGAAGAGGUAGCUGGCCGGGGAAGAGCAGCCGGGUUCGGGGCUGCGUGUGCGUGUGCGGUGGGGAAGAGAGGCGCGCUGGGCUGUGUGAUGAUCCGGGUAUGGAGGGCGAGCAGGGGGGAGCAUCGGGGGCCGCUGCGUUGCUGCUGAGCCGCUCCGGGAGCCGCGGGGCGCAGCAGGGACCAGCUGCCAGGCGGCGUGCCAGCCACUGCUGCUGGGCUCGGGGGCGGCGUGUCCCCCUUCCCAGGGCGGCGGCGGCGGCGGCGCUGGGCUGGGUCUGAUCGCUCCUUGCAGGGCCGCUCGCUGCCGCGGCGCUUCGCAGCUCCGCGCCCUUCCUCUGCGCGCGGCAGGCAGGGGCGGAGGGCGCCGAGCCGGCCAGGGGCAGGGAGCUGCAGCCAUGCUGCCCGGGGUGGGGGUGUUCGGCACCAGCCUCACCGCCCGGGUCAUCAUCCCGCUGCUGAAGGACGAGGGCUUCUCGGUCAAAGCGAUUUGGGGCCGGACCCAGGAGGAGGCGGAGGAGCUGGCCAAGGAGAUGAGCGUCCCCUUCUACACCAGCCGGAUAGACGAGGUCUUGCUGCACCAGGACGUGGACCUGGUCUGCAUCAACCUGCCGCCCCCGCUCACCAGGCAGAUCGCGGUGAAAACCCUGGUAGCACCUAGAGGCCAGCCAGGUCAGGACCUCAUUCUGGUACCAAAAUAUUGGCAGCACGUCUACCCCAGAAGUAGAGGUAUUGGAAAAAAUGUCAUCUGUGACCGAACAGCAACUCCCCUGGAUGCCUUCAGGAUGAUGUCUGCAGCCCAUUAUUACCCCAAGCUCAUGAGCAUCAUGGGGAACGUUCUCCGCUUCCUGCCUGCCUUUGUGAAGAUGAAGCAGCUGAUUCAGGAGGGCUAUGUGGGGGAGUUGCUGGUGUGCGAGGUGCAGGUGCACAGCGGAAGUCUGCUGGGCAAGAAGUACAACUGGAGCUGUGAUGACCUGAUGGGGGGUGGGGGUUUGCACUCGGUCGGUACCUAUAUCAUCGACCUCUUGACCUUCCUCACCAGCCAGAAGGCUGUGAAAGUCCACGGGCUGCUCAAGACCUUUGUGAAACAGACAGACCACAUCAAGGGAAUACGUCAGAUCACCAGUGAUGACUUUUGCACGUUUCAAAUGGUUCUUGAAGGCGGGGUAUGCUGCACUGUGACCCUCAACUUCAAUGUCCCCGGGGAAUUCAAACAAGAUAUUAUUAUGGUAGGUUCAACUGGACGACUGAUUGUAAUAGGCACUGAUCUGUAUGGGCAGAGCAACAGCUCUCCUCAAAGAGAGCUCCUUCUAAAGGACUCUAUGCCAGUCAGUAACUCCUUACUGCCUGAGAAGGCCUUCAGUGAUAUCCCAUCCCCAUACCUUCAGGGCACUAUUAAGAUGGUGCAGGCCAUCCGGCAAGCAUUUGAGGACCAGGAUGACAGGAGAACCUGGGAUGGGAGGCCCCUCACCAUGGCUGCGACUUUCGAUGACUGCCUGUAUGCCUUGUGCGUAGUGGACACCAUUAAAAAGUCAAACCAACUAGGGGAAUGGCAGAACAUUGCCAUCAUGACAGAAGAGCCAGAGCUGAGCCCUGCAUACUUGAUCAGUGAAGCCAUGCGUAGGAGCAGAAUGUCUCUGUACUGUUAGCUUCACUCAGCUCUUAGAAAGGAAUGGAAACAACACAGCUCUUAAAGAAUAAUUCAGACAGCAUAAGGAUUUGGAUAUGUAAAAGUUUGACAACAUGGGAAAUCGACUAAACUAGUUGGUGUCUCUAUACAACGCUGAUGGGAGCAUUAGAAAUGCCUAAGCUAGACAGAUGGAAAUGAGAAUUGUUUAAGGGCUGACAUAAAUAACUUGUGUUACCUGUUUAGCAGCAGUAUUAACUGGCUGGAUAGAGAGAUAUCAUGGAAACGGUUGUGUUUACUGUGAAAGUUCAGGAAGAUCCUUUUUGACUUACCUGUCCUGCCAGAGGGCUGUGAAGGCUCUGUCAUGUCAGAAAGUCUCCUGUGGCAUCUGACGUGAAGAGUUCCCACCAUGCCAGCUGACAACACCACACUAUACUACUACGUUACUAACCAGUGCAUAGAAUAAUAAGACUUGUUGUGACCAAGUGUCCCGUGACCUGGACAAAUUUGGCAGCUCAAUUUUCAUAGCUUAUUCUGAGGUGUGUGUUUUUUCUUUUUUUGUUUUUGUUUUUAACGCAAUUAAGUAGGGAACAUUGUGGCUUUUGUAAACAAGUCAGUCUCCAACAGCAGCUCAUAUAAGUGUGGGGGGUGGGGAAAGCAUUCUACAAGUUCAUGUUAAGCUUCAAUGUUAGAUGUAAAGAUGUGCUCAUAAAAACGGGUUGUGCAAAACCUUCAUCAGCAACAUCCAGGCCACGUGACACUCUUCUGAUUUGGGAUUUGUUACACCGCCAAAACUUGGGCCAGGUUUACAGACUUUCCUGUGAGUGUGGGAUUGAGUUCUCAGUGAGCCGGGCUUGAAUUAUGGCGGAGAAUAUACAAAACUAAGUGGGCUUCUACCCAAGAGCUAUGUUUUGAGUUUUUGUGUUCUUUUAAAUGUAUGUGAACCUCAACCUAGAAGAAAAAAUCUGCACCAGCCACCAGGUUCCACAUUGCUCAGCCCACAAGCUUUCAGCUUCUGAUGAUGGAGGGUCUGAAUGAAAAACCACAACGAAUGAGAAAAAUUCUUAUAGAUUUUCAGGGAAAAAAGUAAAAAUCUCCUUACCUGCCUAAAGUCAGCAGCCACAGGUACUGUGCUGACUGUUCCCUUUGUCACCAAUGCAGGAACAGACAAGUGGUCUCUUGUUUAGUUAUCCUCUUUGUCUUUAAUGUAUUAGGCCCUGCUCUUGCAAACAAUUUAUGCAGAUGCUUGUAAACUGUCCUGGUAAGCUCUGUGGCACUCCUCUUAUGCAUUAAGCUACUCAUGUGUUCAUGAGUGUGCGGCAUCGGGGCUGCAGCUUGAAAAAUAACACAACAAAAUGUAAUCCCCAAAAGAAUACAAAGCAAAAUUACAUUUGUCUUAAACUAUAGCAAAACCACUUCUUUUGGUUAAUCUGAUGGGGGACAACCUCUUACGAGAUUUAUGUUUGCUAUAAGGAUUGAGAAAGAAAUUUUGAACCUUUUUUCUCAGGGAUGCCAGGUCAGUAUACUAAUUGAUUGUUUAGAUUUUAAAAAUUAUGACUCUUUAAAUUAAAAAAAAAAAAUGUUUACAGCUCUGUCAUCUUUAUGGAUGCUUAAAGCUCCCUUAGGAAUCCUGCUACUGACCCCUACCUUAUUACCUUGUUCUCUUGACUGCCGUGGUCUAGGCUUUAGUGCUGCAUUCACUGAACUGGGAGAGCAAUGUUAAGUACAAAUUUUAUUUGAAAAAAUAUGUAAAAUCCUAGAUAUUUGUGAACUUUCAUGACUUCUUCCCUGAGAUCUAUAAAUAGCAUGAAUGAUGGAGGAAAAAGGUCACAAAAUUUGUUUAAAAUAAUAUUGUGAAAUGAAUCAGUCGAUUGGAUGAUUACUGUUCGACCAGCUCUAGCAAUUGUAUCUGUUGUUUACUGCUUCUGCUAUGGUCUUGGGCAAGGAUGCAGGGCUUCUCCUGCUAGGAUCUCAAGUUUGUAUUUUUUUUUCCAGUUGUUUAAAAUUAUUCCUUGGAAAAUAGUUGUCAGCUAAGCAAUUAAGCAAAUAGGAAAUAACCAGAGUUAUAACCAUCGUUGCAUACAACACUAUUCCUUUAUUUAAAUAAACCUGCUAUCUCACACACACACACACACACACCCACCCACCACAGAGGGACAGUCAGAUCAAAAACUAAAUCUCUCUUAGCAAAAGAAUGAUAUUAAUCAGAGAGGGUCAAGAGACAUAUAUUGAUUUUUUUUAAUGCAGUAUGGUAUAAUCUCCUUACUGAGGACAAAGGUAGAGUCAUGGAUGCAGGAUAAUGUGGAUGACUAAGGGACAGAAAAAUCAAUGGCAGGGAGCUAGAUAUGAUAAACCAAGUCUGAUAAAAGAAAACACCAUCCCAAACUAUAGACCAAAAACCUGAAUUAAAUCUGAACCAAAAUAUUUUUUAGUUUCUCUUCAUUUAUUAUUUGCAUUGCGAUAGGGUUACAGCGCUCCAGUCGUGGACCAGGACCCCAUUGUGCCAGGUGGUGCACAAAAUUUAAUAUCUUGGCCAUCUAUAUUUUUAACGUUUGUGCCUCUCUGCAGUUUUAUGGUUCUGGCUGAAAGCAUAAGUGCUAGAAUCCUGGGCCUUGUUCCUGCAGUGAGCUCCAUGCAGGCAGAAUGCGGAGUCCUAUUGAAUUCAAUCUUUCUGUCCCUGAGGUGAAAGCUUUCAGAUGGUGUGCAUCACCCUUCCUCUCCUUAGCCUUAUUGGUUCAGAUACUGCAAUUCGCAGAGUUUAACUCUAACUGGGGUGGCAACUGGUGACUGCUUGCAGUCAGGAUUGAAUGAAGUUUUCAUAAUUUCCAGGAUGUAAAGUGAGAUGAAAUACUGCUGUCUGGGCAAGGAUUUGGUAGCAUCAGAUAUAAAUAUAUUAAACUGCCAUCUGAAUGAAAGGAACAAGUGACUAGUUUAUUUGUAGAAUGUGUCAUAAUAUUCCAGUAAAAUUAUGACUUACUCUAUAAUAGGGCUAUUUAGAUUUGCAGUAUCAAACCCUCAUUAUUUUUUGGGACAGUGUGAAGUACCUUAAGCUGAAUGCUGCAACUGGCCCCUGGAGUUCACAUCACAUUUAAGAAUUUGGCCAACGGUUAAAAAAGGUUUACAGUAUUUAAUUUAAAAGAGUCCCUGGUACUUUACCAAUGUAUUUGGAAUAGCACUUUUAAUGCUACUCUUUCUCUAGUGCCACAAGAUUUGAGCUCCUGCUAGAAUUGGUGCAGACCCAGUUAUUCAAAUCCAGGCUACUAUUUAAUGUACAAUAGCCCAGAAGUAACCUUGUGCACUUGCUAAAUCAAAGAUAGUCUUGUUUUCUAGGGCUGCUGUUGGAGAGGCUCUUUCCUUUGCCAUUCGUUACUUGUGUACAUGUGAUAUUAAAAAUUGUGAUCUGCCGAAAAGAGGCAGAGAGCCAAAGCAAUCCUCAUUAAGAGGCAAGUUAUGCCUCGCAGUGAAUUCAGUAGAAAGACUCCCAUUGACUCCAUGUGGAAUUGGAUUUGUCUCCAAGUGAACUGUUUACCUCCAGGUAAAUGGAGGGCAGCCCCUCCUCAUGUCCCUGUGUAGCAUCAAGGCACAAUUUCAGUCCUUCCAUGUGCCCCAUAAGUUUCAAGAUACCCCAGGUGGGUGAGAAGGUGGGUCCAUGGCCCUGUAUACACCAGCUAGCAGAAUAAGCUGGCCAUGCAAGUGAAGUAUACUAUAUCUCCUGGACGUGUGUAAUAGGUGCACUCCACCUGCGUGUCAGGGAUCUCAGGAAGGAAUCAUGUUUUCCCAAGGGCAAAAUUCCUCUGAGAACUCCCCCUGGAGCUGUGCCCCAAUGCAGGGCUCAGUUAAACCCUAAACAAUAUUAGCAACCUCAAGCUUUGGGCUUUCCCUUAUCUCAUAUCCUGCACAUGGCUAGAUUAGUAGCAUUCAACCUAUAUAGUUAGAAAAUACCUAUGUAUAGAUAAUACGUUCUUACCCAGGAUCCCUAUAUGGCAUAGAGUCAGUACGUUCUUACCCAGGAUCCCUAUAUGGCAUAGAGUCAGUGCAUGCAUAGACAAGCUCAGAUUCAGCAUGAGUUUCGGCAGAACCUUUGGCUGAAAGCAUGAGAAAUUCCUGUCUAGCUGGCUUAGGGCAAUCAGAGGCACUCUCCACUUUGUACUGACUUUCUUUUUCUUUUUCUCAUCUCUUCAAUAGCUUUUGAAUUACAGUGGCCACAGAAGAGAAGGGGUAUCCCUAUCUCUGCUCCACAUUGUCCUGGCAUAUAAACUAUUCAAUUCUGGCAUUAUCCCAUUUAUUUUUAUGUCCUUACAACUAUAGCAAAAACCCUUUUACAACUAAAAAUGACUGUUCUGACAAAAAUUAACAUUAUUCUUAGUUGAUUUUAUUUCACAACAAAAGACAAACUUAGCAUCCGAUGAAGUGAGCUGUGGCUCACGAAAGCUUAUGCUCAAAUAAAUUUGUUAGUCUCUAAGGUGCCACAAGUACUCCUUUUCUUUUAGCAUCUCCAUUGCGUCUUUGCAGAGAUCUAUAAAUUACUACUGACAGCAAUGCUUGUCACUGGAAGUUUUUAGCCCUGGACUUCUAUAUGUUGUUGUAAGUAUAAUACACUGAGUGUAAUCUGUUUACUGUUCAUUUCUGUACCUAUAAGAGUUUAAAAGCAUCUAGCAGACCUUGGGCUUUGUGCAGCUAUUUAAUGCAUUUUCUUAACACUCUUACCGCCUUGAUGGGCAAGUGAUAUGCCUUAAAUAGCUGAAAAGCUCAACACUGCACUGUUUGACCUCUAAAGAUGGCUUUUGGGUAUUUAGGACUAGCUGUGAGAUGGCAGGCUUAUGCAGAAUAGCAGGUUUUCUUGUUCUUGUUAAAAUUGGAAGCAAAAUCUGUAAACUUUGUAGAUGAAGUAUGAAUGAAUAAUCUUUAGUCCCGUUCACUUAAAAUUCUCUCCUUGCUGUGGAUUUCUUAACCUACAAGGUAUAUUCCAUUAAAUAACAAUGAUGUCCAAAAACACCCCCCCCAAAAUCCCCACUUCCUUCCUGCAUGAAAGGAGGAAUUUUAAAUAGAUAGGACUGUACAUAGGGCUGCAUUCAUGAACCCAUCCAUAACUGAACUGUCUCUAAGUCUCUUUCUUGCUGCUGCUCUGAUGCCAAGCAUUUGAAACACAGAAUGACCAGGAUUGUGGUAACAAGGAACCUGAAUUGUCUCUUCUUUUGAAGAGGAUGUUGCCUCUAAAUCAAAAUAGUCAUCAUGGCCAGAUCAGCACUGAAUUAGUUUUAAUUGGGCCAGAUUCAGUCCUGGUAUAAACAGGUACAAUUCUAUAGAUUUGUAUUGUCAGAGUCUGAAUUUGACCCAGUGUGUUUCACUCAUAUAUUGCCAUUGUUCUGUAUAGGAACUCUGGUUGAUUACAUGGAUUUAGCUAUAGAUAAUCCAGGUUCUCCACUUCUGACGCUGCAGUGCUACUUAUCUUUAGAAGCACUAAAAUAAGGAUUAACACAUUUACCAUAUGGUUUAUAUGGUUUUACAGUCCUUCCCACAGCCUUCUUUCUUUUUAACCAUCAGUCAGGCCCACUGAUACGGAUCUUCUUUCUCAUCCCACUGCAGGCCAUCAAGACAGGUAUCUGUUGAGAAAGGCAUCUUUUGCUUCCUCAUCAGUUUUGCUCCCACUCUGUAUAACACAGGGUAGGUCAGGUGGCUAAUUGCUGAUUUGAAGCUAAUCCCAAAGCAAAAAAUUGCAUGAGUAAAAAUCCACUGAGUUCGAAUAAAUUACAUUCCCAUUGCCCAGCUAGGACAGACAGUAGCUCGCUGCUAUUCCUGGUUCAUGAAUGGUGCCCAUUGCUUCUCUCUGUACUGUCUUGUUGGGUUUUUUAAAUCUUAAAAGCAAAAGUAUCUUCAGUUUGUUGCUAUAUCAAUAUUAAAUAUAUUUAUUUUGUUUUUCAAACACAAAUGCAAAGUGUGCGUGUGUAUAUAUAUAAAAGUCAGUGCAUGGACAUAUGUACAGUAGAUAUUUUAAAGAGCUAUUUAUCAAGCAAAAAUAAGUGUUAUAAAGUAAACAGAGUCUAUAUUUUAUAUAUAAUGUAGAUAGCAAAAAAAUAGUGUUUAAAUUAUAGUAGGACUUUUUUUUUUUUUUUAAAGAAAUGGACAGUUUGACGGUUCUAGCAUUUUAACAGCCAAACUACUUCGUAAGGAAGCUGCCUACUGUGUUUCUCAGUUGCCACAAUAUCUGUCUCUUCUCCUGGAAGGUGAUGUGCAUUGUUAAUUUUAUAUUGCUUUGGGAAUGUAGUUAGUUAUACUCAGCCAACUGGUAUAUGCUGCUUAAAACAUGGUUUCUGGCUGUUCUGCAUAUUUGCAUUGGUGGAAUAAAAGGAUCCUAAAUGGCAAAUAAAAACAUAAAAGGAGAUGA